AUGAUCCGACGUCGUCCAACUGUGAUCCUCUUGGAGGAUGUAGAGUCGCUGCAGACCUUCUCUCUGACCACUGACUUCGAGAAACUGACCCUGGACGCACAGAGCGACGAUGACGGGGGUGGCUCAUCAGGAGCAACCACCGGCAUUGACCUGACCGCACACAGUCACAGCAAGUUCUCUCAUCAACGCGACACCUCGUCCAGUCGCGGGAUGUUCGCAUCUCCAAGCCCAGCUCCACCAUCCACGGCAUCCACCAAAUCAUGUCUGAAAUCCCACUUCUCAAUCCCACAGUCCUUGCAGAACGCAUGUUCAAUGUCAAAGCCGCGUCGAGUGUCCCAGUCUAUCGACCCACCACGGACAAAAGUGACCUUCGCGUUGUCACCGAACAAACAGGAGCUCCAUAGCGGCAGGGUGAAUCGUUCACCCGACGAACGAGCAGAUGGCACUGAUUAUCAGCCUCGUCCAAACACUAUUACAGCCCUACAUGCGUUGGACUCGCCGGUCACGCCACAACUUUCCUUCUUGUCGUGUGGUGUCUCGUCCAGCCCGGCCAUGGCCAGCGUCCCACUCCGGGACCUAGCCUUAGCGUCUACAAUGUCUUACGAGGCCGCCUUGGCCGAGAAGACGGUCUCGCCCGCGUUGGAGGAGACUGGUGAAGACCAUCCUGCCUAG